CGCGACUGUGGCCCUGUUUUUAACUUUCUCUCUUAAAGCAUCAUGCGUUGUGCGCUCGUGGUUCAUUCAACACAUUUGGACUGUUUUAGGCGCGCGACUGGAUCGUAUAAUAGUUGUAAAAUUCCGUGUGACGUAGCGUGUGUUUUAAACUCGAGUGGAACUGUUUAAUUUUAGGUAUUAUUUCCUAAGUGCAUCCCUGUGUAGUGUAGUGUAGUGUCACGUUUAUUGCUUAUGUGAGGUGUUAAUAUGUGAUUAGUGUAUUUUUUUGGUAUUUAUUUCUAUGUUAAUUAAAUAAAAAGUGCGACUCCCCAAUAAACUAGUUAAAAGGAUAAAACUGUAAUUUAGAAGAUCAUGUUAUUUAAUUUACUGUGAUACCUAUUCAUGACGAAGUAUACGUGAAAAUGUUUGGAUUCGAUCGGUCCUUCAGUUUUCUGGCGGUGUGCUUGGCGUGGGCUCUGCAACACUAUACCUUCGGGAGUGUUGUUAUAUGGUACAUAUUCGCAGUCCCCUUGAGUUGCUGUGUUGUUUACGCGUUGGGAACUUAUGACCAUGGAUACUGGGCUAGUAGAGGUAUCUUCUCCCCUCCGGCGUGGCCAUUUGUUGGUCACAUCAAGAGUGUGGUGAUGUUCCAAGAGCAAGGGGGUUUGUGUUUCAAAAGCAUAUACGACAAAUACAAGGAUUUCAGGUUUUUAGGCACCCACCAGUUCUACCAGCGCACGUUAGUAGUCCGGGACCCCUCGCUGAUCAAGCGGAUGUGUGUCAACGACUUCCAGCAUUUCGUGGACCGCGGCUUCUUCUUCAGGGAGGACGUGGACCCGCUAGCGGGCUCCGUGCUGUACCUGAGGGGCUCCCGGUGGAAACGACUCAGGGCGAAAAUAUCUCCCAUUUUCUCACCUAAUAAGCUAAGAGGAAUGUUCCCACUCAUCGACAACACAGCUGAAGAGUUUUUGAAGCGCGUUGUAAAACGUUGUUUAAAUGAAGACGCUGUCAAAAUUAAAGAAAACAAAACAAAAACAAACGCCGAAGAGAAUAACAACUCGUAUUCUGAUGGAUAUAAGGUUGAUAAUGCCAGUACGAUAGUGGACGGUGAGAAGCUGGUUGGAGGCUUUACUGCUGACGCGAUUGUGCCUUGUGCGUUCGGACUGAAGAGCAAUGUCAUGGACAACGAGCACGAUCCGUUUGCUGAGGCUCUGCAUGCAUUCUACGAAAUGUCAUUGUAUAACAUCUUCGAAAAAACAAUGCGGCAGUUUUGGCCAGCUUUUGUUCUAUUCUUCCGAAUGAGGAUAAUUCCUAAGAAGACUCACGACUUUUUCUACAAUAUUGUCACCAGCGUGCUCAGAGAUAGGGAGAAGGGGGUUCAAGAGAAACGAGGUGACUUCAUUGACAUGAUGAUGGCGUUACGUAACGAAGACGGCAACACCAGCGCCAAACCUGUCGAGAAAGAUGUGGAAAUUACUGACAUGGUGAUAGCGGCGAAUGCAUUCAUCAUCUUCCUGGGUGGGUUCGAGACCACAUCUGCGACCCUAGCAUUCAUGUUCCUGGAGCUGGCAGAGCGUCCAGAUGUGCAGCACAAGAUGAGGGAGGAGAUCCGGGAGGUAGCCGCCAGACAUGGCGGCGAGAUCACCUAUGAAGCCUUGCAGGAGUUGACUUAUAUGGAAAUGGUUAUACAAGAAAUUCUCCGCCUCUACCCGCCGUUCCCGAGCAUACAACGCAUAUGCACCAAAGACUAUGUCAUACCGGAUACAGAUAUCGUCAUACAGGAAGGAACCAUCAUUCUGUUCCCCACAUUAGGCAUCCAGAGAGACGAACAGUAUUUCGAGAAAGCGGAUUGCUUCGUGCCAGAGCGAUGGGCGGAGGGCGCGCCUCCGCCUCCACCCGGAGUCUACAUGCCCUUCGGAGACGGACCGCGGUAUUGUAUCGGUAAGCGGUUCGCAGUGAUCCAGAUGAAGUGUUUCCUCGCUCGACUCCUGCGGCGUGUGCAGCUGAGUCCAGCGCCGGGCAGACAGCAGCGCGCCGCGCCCCACGCCGCCGACCCGCGCUCGCCGCUCACGCUGCACCCGCUGCACUCGCGGGUCACCGUCGCGCUGUUGCCAUGACAACAGACAUCACCAUGCGUGAUCCGGCGGCUGCGUCCGGUGCCGCGCCCCACGCCACCAACCCGCGCUCGCCGCUCACGCUGCACCCGCUGCACUCGCGGGUCACUGUCGCGCUGUUGCCAUGACAACAGACAUCACCAUGCGUGAUCCGGCGGCUGCGUCCGGUGCCGCGCCCCACGCCACCAACCCGCGCUCGCCGCUCACGCUGCACCCGCUGCACUCGCGGGUCACUGUCGCGCUGUUGCCAUGACAACAGACAUCACCAUGCGUGAUCCGGCGGCUGCGUCCGGUGCCGCGCCCCACGCCGCCGACCCGCGCUCGCCGCUCACGCUGCACCCGCUGCACUCGCGGGUCACCGUCGCGCUGUUGCCAUGACAACAGACAUCACCAUGCGUGAUCCGGCGGCUGCGUCCGGUGCCGCGCCCCACGCCACCAACCCGCGCUCGCCGCUCACGCUGCACCCGCUGCACUCGCGGGUCACUGUCGCGCUGUUGCCAUGACAACAGACAUCACCAUGCGUGAUCCGGCGGCUGCGUCCGGUGCCGCGCCCCACGCCACCAACCCGCGCUCGCCGCUCACGCUGCACCCGCUGCACUCGCGGGUCACUGUCGCGCUGUUGCCAUGACAACAGACAUCACCAUGCGUGAUCCGGCGGCUGCGUCCGGUGCCGCGCCCCACGCCACCAACCCGCGCUCGCCGCUCACGCUGCACCCGCUGCACUCGCGGGUCACCGUCGCGCUGUUGCCAUGACAACAGACAUCACCAUGCGUGCGGCCGGCGGCUGCGUCCGGUGCCGCGCCCCACGCCACCGACCCGAGCUCGCCGCUCACGCUGCACCCACUCCACUUGCGGGUCACCAUCGCGCGCUGUUGCUAUGACAGCAGUUAUCACCGCUGCUGGCGUCGCGUUUGAAAUUAAAAAUAUACCUACUUACCUCCU